CAGACAUUGAUAAGAGCUCCUCGUAAAAGGUGAAAAACUGGCGUGGUUUUUGUUAUAAAAACGCUUGAUGACAUAGAUAACAUACUGAUAGCGUUCAAUUUCAGUCAAGCGGCGAAAAUGUUGUGGAAGAUUUUGUUUUUCCUGGUUGCCUGGCAACAUGGUUGCCAUAGUGAGACAGUCAACAUGAAGCUUCUGCAACAUUGGGACACAAACUGGGAAGGUCAAUUUUCGGUACCGUUACAGAGUAAUGUUCUAGGCUGGGAACUUAAGAUUAAUUUUAGCGUUCCCGUUUCGAGCAUUCAGCAAUGGGACGGUGAAUGGGUUGUGAAAGGAGAUAAUGGGGGUAAAUACUAUGUACUGCUGAAUAAAGUUGACAAAGGAUACCACGCGGCCGGAAGUACUCUGAAGAUAAGAAUGAUGGGGAAAUUCACCGGAAGUACUGCACCAACUGCAACUGCAGAAUUUAUAGACCUUACUGGUGAUACACAGACUGUGCCGCCGAUUCAUAUACCCACUGGACAACAACAGACCGACUAUAACUACGAAGAAGUUCUGAUGAAAUCAUUGUUAUUUUAUGAAGCGCAACGAUCUGGCAAACUUCCGGCUGAUAACCGCAUACCCUGGCGUGGAAAUUCCGCGCUAGGAGACAAAGGUGCAAACGGAGAAGAUCUUACUGGAGGCUACUAUGACGCUGGAGACCAUGUAAAGUUUAACUUCCCAAUGGCUUACACAACCACCAUGCUUGCGUGGGGUUACCUUGAGUGGCAAGACGCCUAUACAAAGUCUGGACAACAUCAGCAAAUACUUGAUGCCAUCAAAUGGCCACUAGACUACUUUCUCAAGUGUCAUGUUGCCCCUCAUGAAUUGUAUGUGCAGGUAGGUGAUGGAGGCCAGGAUCAUGGAUUUUGGGGACGGCCAGAAGACAUGACAAUGGCGAGACCAGCUUUCAAGAUCACUGAAUCCAAACCCGGAAGUGACGUAGCCGGUGAAACCGCAGCUGCAAUGGCCGCCGGAUAUCUUGUUUUUAAGCACAUUAACGCAACUUACGCUAACAUACUUUUAACCCAUGCUAAACAACUGUACGAAUUUGCAACCCAAUUCAAGGGAAAAUACAGUGACAGCGUUAAUCAGGCUGCCGCAUAUUACAGAUCCGCGGACUACCAAGACGAGCUAGGCUGGGCGGCUGCCUGGCUAUAUGAAGCGACAGGAGAGAGCCAGUAUCUGGCCGAUGCUGAGGCCAACAGAGUCAGUGGAGCUGGGUGGGGAGACUCUUGGGACGAUAAAACCACAUAUACAAAUGUAUUGCUUUACAAACUGACAAAGAAGGAUAUAUAUAAGACGGAUGUUGAGGCAACGUUCACUGACUGGAUGCCAGGAGGUUCACUCCCGUACACUCCCGGGGGCAUGGCUUAUAGGCUGCAGUGGGGAGCUCUCAGAUACGCAGUAAACAUGGGUCUUGCCGCUAUGAUGGCCGCGGAUGCAGGUCUACAUGCAAAGGAGUACCGAUGCUGGGCGAUGAGCCAGAUACACUAUGCCUUAGGUGACAACCCGAACCAUCACAGUUUCGUUGUUGGCUUCGGUGCCAAUGCUCCAGCAAGACCUCAUCACAGAUCUAGCUCCUGUCCCAGUAUGCCGGCACCAUGUGGCUGGGACGAACAGAAAAACCCUGGACCCAAUCCCCACACGUUGUAUGGAGCCCUUGUUGGUGGUCCUGGAAAAAGUGAUGAGUAUAAAGACGAUAGAAAUGAUUAUGUGAAAAAUGAGGUGGCCUGUGAUUACAAUGCUGCUUGGCAGUCCGCUAUGGCAGGCCUUAUCCACCUGGCGUUGCACAAUGAAUUACCAACAGACUGUCCUUGAGAUUAUGUUAAAACAUCGUACACAAUAAUUAAAAUAAACACUACCCGAUCAUUUUAUUAAACUUUUGUCUGUUUA